AUGGGGGCGCUACGUGCACUCGUGUUCGAGAAUACUAUCAGCCAGCCGGAGCAUAUUCCAGGCCAUGCAGCUGGAAGCUACGACAGUGAGAGCGGCAAGAAGAGGAUGGCGGAAGUGGCGCAUCUGUACGCUGAAGAUGUGGUGAAUGUGGCGAAAAUGGUGAACCACUUGCAGUUCUUACUGAAUGUGAUUCACGAGUGCUUCAAGGGCAUUCAGAUGGUCAAACUCAACGCCUGGGAGGACAAGAUGCAGGAGAAGAUUGAACGCGCCCGGAAGGAGGAGAACCGAGAGCGUCGCAGGGUCAACGUGGUGGCUGCAUUGCAGUAUUGCGUGGGGGUGGACUCACCUAACUUGGCUUCUAUAUUCAUCUUCGGGUGGGUUGCGCUGCAAGAUUUAAGUGCGUUGUCUCCAGCUCGAGUUUUCCCGGCGUUAUUGCUGCUACGUCGCAUCAAGACGCACUUCUCCAAUAUCGCGCUACUUUUCGACGUCGCGAGUAAAGGCCAAGCAUCUUUCUGCAAGAUUGACAGCUUCUUGAAAACUGUGGUGGCCAUGGAACAUGCGUGUUUUGGCGAGUCAACAGAAGAAGGGAAGGCGUUGCUGGCCAACGUCUCGUUCCGUUUACGGCGAGGCCAAUUGGCUAUGAUUCAAGGAAAGGCAGGCGCUGGCAAGUCCACUAUACUCAAUGCUUUAUUGGGCGAUAUCAAGUGUCUGGAUGGAAACGUUUCUAUUGCGGGAGAUUGCCGAGUCGCGUACUGCGCACAGGAACCGUGGCUACAGACGUUGAGUAUUCGUGACAACAUCCUUUUUGGGUCGGCAUUUGACUACAAGAAGUACUGGUGUGUGGUCGAAGCGUGCUGUCUGAAGGAUGACCUGCGGAUGUUACCAGAGGGUGACACUACACAGGUGGGACCGAAGGGUAUUAACCUGUCGGGUGGACAAAAGGCUCGUAUCGCGUUAGCACGUGCGUGUUACGCCGACGCGGACGUGUAUUUACUGGACUGCCCUUUGGCUAGUGUUGAUGCUAUCGUCCAGAACGACAUUUUCACCAAGUGUAUUGUGGAGCUACUGCGGUUCAAGACGGUGCUCAUGGUGACUCAUAACCGCGAGCUGUCGGCAUCUAGUUUCGUGGAUCAUGUGCUUCGUAUUGAAGACCUCACGGUCGUCGUUGAGUCUGCUGAAAAAGGGUGGGAAUUCGAUCGUCAUCCGUCCAGAAGAGCUGAUCCACGGAACUCACUGCCUCCGUGGAAGAGCGAGGACCGACAAGACGAGAAGAAGAACGCAGCUCAUCCACGUGAUCUUGUGCUGUGGGAGUCUGCUGCACUACCACUGUCGUCAACAGCGAUGCUUGUGAAGCCAAAAGCUACUGAAACACCAGCGAAAUCGAUCAGUACGCAGGUACCUGUGACGUCGGAGUGUGUUGGGCUAAAAGUAGCAAGGAAGUUCAAGUGGAAGGAGGAGUGGUUCUCGCGCAAGACGUGGAAAAUGCUCUUGAAAGGCAACAAGUGCAUACGAUACCACGUUCCAGCCAAGUUUUUUCUCGUUCUCUACGCUGUCGCAGUCACUUCCAAGGACGUUUUUCUAAUGAAAUGGAGUGGCCGCGUGGAUCAGGGAGAUGUCUCGUCGAUGCAACACUCAGCGAAUGUAUACGGUGCGUUAGUGCUCAGCUCAAUGAUCUCGGGAUUCGCCAGCUCUGUGCUGCACGCUCAUGCGAUGGCUAACUCCGCCAACCUCAUGUUCCACGAGAUGACAGCAGCUCUUCUGCGUGCUCCGAUGACGUUCUUCUACUCAACACCAGUGGGAGAGCUCUUCAAUCGCUAUUUCAAUGACGUUCGUGUGCUGGAUACGACGUUCGCGCUGGCGUUUAUGGCCAUGUUUCGCUCGGCACUUUCGUUCCGUGCAGAAGCUGCCAACCUGAACUUCAUCUCGGAGGCUCUGGACGGCUCGGCGACGAUCCGUGCAUUCGGUCGACAGCAAAUCAAUCGCUUCCGAGUGGAACAUGGCGUGCUGUCGGAUGAAGUGAUGAAGGGGCAGUAUCACACCGAGGCGUUCAACCGAUUCGUGUUGAUCCGCUGCGAUCGUGUGCUGGGCAUUCACAUGUUGCUGCUGAUGAUAUUGUUGUCUAUGAACAACGUGUCUCCAGCUGAACUAGGUCUGAUGCUGUACUAUGUCUACACUAUCAACUCGGAUGUGUACACGCUGAGCUCCAAGUUGCUGGAAGUUGCGCUGUGUUUACUGAAUGUUGAGAGAGUCCGCAAGUACGGACUGAUCGAGCCGGAGUUGCAGAGUUACGAAGGUAACCCGCUGUCUAUCCCGGCGAGCUGGCCAACCCGCGGUGAUGUUGUGUUCGAGAAUGUAUCGUUCAGCUACGCUAGUUCGUCGAGUGACGACAAGCAAUCGCUGGCGCUCUGUGAUGUGAGCUUCUCUGUACAAGGUGGUGAAAAGAUUGGCGUGGUGGGACGUACUGGAUCAGGCAAGAGCUCGCUGGCGAUGGCACUGUUUCGGGUUCACCCGUUGGUUAAAGGACGCAUUCUUGUCGAUGGGAUUGAUGCGUCGUUGCUGACGUUGAAUGCAUUGCGUACCAACGUGUGCAUUAUCCCACAGUCGCCAUUAUUCUACAGAUGUUCGGUCCGUAAUUAUCUGGAUCCGUUCAACGAGUUCGGUGACCCGAGCUGUCCGACAACGGAGAGAAUUGGAGUUUGGGUGAACGGCAGAUGUUGUGUCUUGCGCGUGCUGUGCUGCGGCCGUCACGUAUCGUGGUGCUGGAUGAAUCUUUCUCUGCUGUCGACCAGACGAAUCAAUCGACGUUGCUAA